UCCAUGGCAACGGAUCCCCGGGCUUAUCUGUCAUGGCGGCUGCAGCGGCGUCUUCAUCUUCCUUUGCAAGCACCAGCGAGAGUUCUCAAGCCAAUUCCAAAUGGCUGGACGCCCACUACGACCCGGUGGCCAACCUGUACACAUUCUCCUCUUGCGUCGCCCUCGCUGAUCUGCAUGGCGAUGGAGACCAUAAGCUGGUGGUGGGCAAUUUGGGCUCUACGGGCCAUGAGAUGAAGCUGAAGGUGUACCAAGGCAUGGGCCUCCUGAGUGAAAACGCCCUGCCGGAUUUGCCCGCAAGUGUCGCCGCUUUCCUGAUGGAGCAGCAUGAGCCGCGCAUGCCUGCUGUGGCGGUGGCCUCUGGGCCUUACAUCUACGUGUACAAGAACCUGCGUCCCUACUUCAAGUUUACACUGCCCCUGAUGGAACCGAACCCAACCGAGAAGGAGGUCUGGGAGCAGGCAAAGGAGGACAAGGUUGACCUUCUGUCGAUGAAAGAAAUGCUAGAGGUGAUCCGGGAAAAUUCUGAGAUGCCCUUGUCGGUGCAGUCCCUGAGGUUCCUCACCCUCGACCCACCUGAGAUGGAGUCCUUUGUGAACCAGCAUAAACUGCAGCCAAUCAAGCACCAGACGGUGAUCACCUGCAUGGCCACCCUGAAGAAGAACAUGGUGGACGAGGACGCGAUCAGCUGCCUGGUGAUUGGGACAGAGAAUGCCGAAAUCCUAAUCUUGGACCCCGAGGCCUUUACCAUCCUGGCAAAGAUGACGGUGCCGAGCGUGCCGGCCUUCCUGGACGUCACGGGUCAGUUUGACGUGGAGUAUCGGCUCACCGUGGCCUGCCGUAAUGGAUGCGCCUACAUCCUCCGCAGAGACUCCAAGCGGCCCAAAUACUGCAUUGAGCUGAGCGCACAAGCCGUGGGCUUGGUUCGGGUCCAGAAGAACAUCGUGGCGGCCUGUUCGGACGAGACACUGCAAGGCUACACUCAGAAGGGGAAGAAGCUCUGGGUGGUCCCACUGCCAGCCACGCCCGUCACUGUCGGUCUCCUGGAUGAGAAGUUCCAGAGCUUCCAGGCUGUGCUGGUGGCCUUGGCCAACAGAGAAGUCCACAUGUACCGGGACAAGAACCUGGUCAACGUCAUCCAAACACAGGAUGUCGUCACCAGCAUCUGCUUUGGCCGCUACGGGCGAGAGGAUAACACCCUGGUCAUGACGACUAAAGGCGGGGGUCUGAUCAUCAAGAUUUUGAAACGCACGGCCACAUUCAACAAGGGGGACGCAGUUGUCGGAGCCCCUGUCGCCCAGAGUAUCAAACUCAGCGUUCCCAAGAAAACAAAGCUGUAUGUGGACCAGACGCUGCGGGAGCGAGAAAACGGAGUAGCCAUGCAUCGGGUGUUUCAGACGGACCUGAGCCGCAUCCGCUUGAUGGCAGCCCGCGCUUACGUCCGGGCGCUGGAGUGUAGCAUGACGCCUGUCUCAGAGUCGUUGCAGGAGCCGCUCAAGAUGAAUGCAGUGGUCCAGGGGAUGGGCCCCACCUUUAAGUUGAGCCUAAACCUCCAGAAUAUGUCAGAUACCCGUGCGGUCGCUAACCUCCUCAUCAGCUUCCUCUAUGAUGAAAAACUCUACUCCGUAGAACAUCCUUCCUUCAAGACUCCGAUGCUGGUCCCGGGACUGAAUUACCCGCUGGUGACCUUUGUGGAGUGUCUCAGUGACCAAGGGAUCUCCGAUAUCAUUAAGGUAUUUGUGUUGCACGAAGGCACAACGGAGCCCUUGCUCACGGCACACAUCAACAUGCCCGUCAGCGAAGGCUUGGCGGCUGUGUGAACUUCCUUGUGCUGGAAGCCAAAGAAAACUCCGUUCUGAGCUGGCCGCCUAGAAAGCAGCGUUAGCUUUACCUUUCGGCAGCAUCGUGACGGGACGCGCAGAGAGGAGUCUCCUCCCAGGGCCGCCAGAUGGCGGCAAACGGGCCCUCUCCUCCCGUUGAAGACCGGCCCGCAUCCAGAGGCCGCCACAGAAUAGGCCCUGCUUAGGAAUCGCUUGCCUUCCAGGUCGGAGAUGAAAGGUUAGAACAGCAAAGCCAGGCCGGUAGUCCAAGUCGCUCAAUAAAUUUUUUUAUUUUGUCUGCA